GUCGCAAACGCAACUCGACGCCUUAAGAACGUCAAGAGAGCCGACAUCACUGGCGAUAAUAUAAAGCUCCUCCCACAGGUCGAUCCCGACAAUGUGCUUGACCUAGAGGGUUUUCCAGCCACUCUGGGCGACUUUUGGUCGAUGGACGAACGCGACAUUCGCCAGCUCGCCACGAACCUUGGAAUGGAGUCGGACAAGGUCGCAUACCCCAAGCUCAUGCACCAAGCGUUUGAGCGGAUUGCCGGGGCUUCUUACUGA